GAGAUGCUGAGAGCUGGAAUGACAAACAUUUUGGAUCUGAAAAUGAAAGAGUGCUUGUGGUGUUCCUCUGUGCUGUUCCCAGCCUUUGGAUGAUGGCGCAAUUCCUGCCAGUGCAUUGAGGUUUUCUGGUCCGGUACUAGAGUGUGUCUUUUGGAAGGGAUUGUACGCCUCAUUCUAUCAAAGGGUAUGGUGUAAUUUUGAGUUUGUAAAAAGAUAGGUUGAAAUCCAUGAAUGACUGCUUUCAUUGCAAAAUUUUAACAAAUUCCAGCACUCCUAACUCUCUUUGUAAUGCUGCCUUGAGAGUCUGCUGAGAAUCUGGUAGCUAUACUGAGUGCUGUUUUAUUUCCUGCUUCAUGGAAGAUUCCAGCAAUUUGCAUUCCUUUCAUUGAAGGCUGAAUUAUAUACUUUAAAGAGUGAGAAGAUAAAAGAAGUUAAUUAGGUUCAAAUUCUCCUUUAAAUGGGGAAGUAUAUUAUGUAAAUAAUUUCGGAAUAAUAUUUAGUUGUUGAUUUCCCUGCAUUUACUGAGUGCUACUACUGAAUUUGCUGCUAAUAAUUGUUUUUUUUUUUUUUUUUUCUUAACUUAAAAAUAUCUUCCUAUUAAAAAUAAACUGGGGGUGGUUGGACAGGGACUUUGGAGAAAAGGGGAUAAGUCAUGGCAGAUCGGUGACACAGCAGUGCAGUGGGAGUGAGACAUUUUGAAUGAAAAUAUGUAGAUUCAGCCAUCUCCCAUGUCAUAAUUAGGAUUUGGUUAUGAGCAAAAUGCUGAACUGUGCUGCAUGCUAGAACACACUAGGUAUGCUGCUUAGUUGUUGCUGUAAAACAAAAGCAAAACUUGGUUACUUCAUGGCUUGUUUACCAUUUUUUUCUCACAAGUUCUGUAAUAAUCAGUUCUCUGAAAAUGGAAAUGUGACGUAUCUGAAGUAGGGAUCUCCUGCUUUUUUAGCAUUUUAUUCCAUUGUAAUGUACUUCUUGGAAGUAAUGUGACAAUACUGUAUUGUAAAAAAGGCAGACUUUUCCUGGAACUUUAGAGAUGGGCAUUCUCACUUUCUUCAGAGUUGUCCUCCCAUAUCCAAAUCCUGAUGUGAAAUGAGUACAGAAUUCCACAAAAUGCUUUUUGAAGUUUCUGAGGCUUUGGUUGCAGACGAACUGGCAGCUCUUAAAUUCCUCAGCCUGGAGCAUGUCUCCAGGAGUAAGCUGGAAGCCGUCCAGGAGCCCAAGGCCUUCUUUGAAGUGCUGCAGAGGAAUGACAUGAUCGGAGCAGGGAACCUGUCCUUCCUGAAGGAGCUGUUCUACCGGAUCAGUCGGAUUGACCUCCUGACCACCCAGCUGGGCUCCAGCCGGGAGGAGGUGGAGAGAGAGCUGCAGGUCCAGGGCAGGGCACAGGUGUCAGCUCACAGGCAACUGCUGUAUGGAAUCGCAGAGGACUUGACUCCAGAAGAUGUCAGAAGUGUGAAGUUCCUGCUUCAAGAACGGUUACCAAAGAACAAGCUCCAGGAAAAUGCUUCCAUGUUGCAGGUCUUUCUGGAAAUGGAAAGAAAUGGGUUAAUUAAUGAAGAUAACCUGACAGUCCUGAAAGAUAUAUUACAGAAAGUUAGACCUGACCUAAAGAAAAAAAUUGAUGCCUAUGAAGAAAAAGAAAAAGAAAAUUAUUCUAGGGAAGAAGUCCAUUAUCCUGUGUCUGUGUCUGCUCAUCCAGAGGAACAAGGAGCAGAGGGGCAGGCAGCAAAACAGCAUGGGAAAAUAUAUAAGAUGAAAAAUAACCCCCAUGGUUACUGUUUAAUUCUUAACAACCACAUUUUUAAAAAUCCACUUCACAAUAGAGAGGGAACAUUGCAAGAUGGAGAGGCUGUGAAGAAGGUUUUUAAGUGGCUUCAGUUUGAGACAGUUGAGUACAUGGAUCUAGAAGGAACAAAAAUACGUGAGACAGUUAAAGAAUAUAGCAAAAAGGAUCACAGAAACAUGGACUGUUUUGUUUGCUUCAUUUUCUCCCAUGGUGAAAAAGACAAAAUAAAAGGUGUUGAUGACAAGUGUGUAAAUAUUGAUGAAUUAGUCUCCUGCUUCACUGGAACUAAUUGUCCUUCUCUUGCUGGCAAACCCAAGGUGUUUAUCAUCCAGGCUUGCCAAGGCUCUACACAUCAUCCAUCUGUUACAGUAGAAGCAGACUCUUCUGGACACCUUGAGGUGGAUGCUAGUCCUUUGACUUCCAUUCCUGAUAAGGCUGACAUUCUGAUUGGCAUGUCUACAGUGGAGGACUAUUUGUCCUUCCGCAGUCGUAAGACUGGCAGUGUUUACAUUCAAUCCCUCUGUAAGAAAAUGGAGUUGCUUUGCCCUCUGCGCGUGGAUCUCACAGCCAUCCUGACAGAAGUGAACAAUGAAGUAGCAGGAAGAGAAUUAGAAGGAUCUAAGCAGAUGCCAAAGAUAACAUCAACACUACUGAAGCAAUUGAUCUUUGAAGUUCCACAGUGACAAGUAGACAAGUAAGAAUACUCAGUUAGGAAUGACAUCUGGAGUGGGCUUGGACAUGGGAGAAAAUUUACAUAAGAAAUUAUCUGGAUCUACGUAGUAGCCCCAGCCCUUUAAGGAGGCAUGGGACCUAAAUUUUCCAACUUCCAUACUGAAUCAGUCUUCUGACACCUGGAUCUGUAGCAGUUGGGUAAUGGUGUGGAAAACUACAGAUCAUUUUUGUCCUGCAGAAGCAGUGGAGUAUGUUCAGUCUUGGUUUCAAGUGAGAAAGUACUUUCAAGUAAUAUUGUAAAAGUUAUUGGGAAUGUUGAGGAAGCCCCAUUUGUGUCUGAGUUGUUUUAAAUCCCUAAAAUCUGGAAAAAAAGAGAACAGAUUCAGAACACCGGAUGCAUUCCUAGGCAGCAUGUGUAAGGUUGUAACUGCCUUGCCCAGAGGUGAAUAAUUGUCUGUCUUGAUCAUGAUAGUUUAUGACAAUGUUAGUUUGGUUCUUUCCUCCUAAAUAUUUAGUUUAGUGAUGACAAUCAUUUACUUGAAUGUGCAGUGCAGCUGCAUAAGUUUUUCAAUAAUUAAAUAAUACAAGUUCUCACUUUACUUCUCAGAGCUGUCAUGGAACAGUGUAUUUUGAAUACUGGAAGUAAGCUGUGUAAUCAUGUUUCUGUUAUAAUAAAUUCUCUUUGUUUUUAUAUCA